UUGAACUGACGGGAGCAGUGUGAAGGAGCUACGUAAAGUGGACCCGAUUCCAUAGCAACAUAAACAACAACAUAAACAACAACAACAACAGCAACCACAAUGGCAGCGGAGACGCGACAGAAGCUGCUGCGCACUGUCAAGAAGGAGGUGAAGCAGAUCAUGGAAGAGGCUGUCACCAGGAAGUUUGUACAUGAAGACAGCAGCCACAUUGUCUCAUUUUGUGCUGCGGUGGAGGCGUGCGUUCUCCAUGGGCUUAAGCGGCGAGCGGCGGGAUUCCUGCGUAGCAACAAGAUAGCAGCGCUCUUCAUGAAGGUGGGGAAGAGCUUCGCCCCGGCAGAGGAGCUGUGCAGAAAGGCUCAGGAGCUGGAACAGAUCACGGAGAGCAAACGGAACCAAAGUUUGCCCAACCAGGAUAGCUUACGGAUACUGUCCAGGCUGCCCAGCCUCAGCCCGCAGGUGGUCAGAAACCUUUGGAUCCGCACGGCCCUCAUCGAGAAGGUGCUGGACAAGAUCGUGCUCUACCUCGUGGAGAACAGCAGUAAAUUCUAUGAAAAAGAGGCCAUUCUGAUGGAUCCGGUGGACGGACCCAUUCUGGCCUCUUUGUUAGUGGGGCCCUGUGCCUUGGAGUACACAAAGAUGAAGACGGCGGACCACUUCUGGACAGACCCCUCGGCCGACGAGCUUGUCCAGAGACACCGCAUCCACAGUGGCCACUGCAGACAGGACUCCCCCACCAAGAGGCCUGCUCUCUGUAUCCAGAAGAGGCAUUCCAGUAACAGCAUGGAGGAGCGGCCCUCACCUUCAGCCCGGGACUACGUGGAAUCCCUGCACCAGAACAACAGAGCCACCCUGCUGUUUGGAAAGAACAACGUGCUGGUGCAGCCGAGGGAUGACAUGGAGGCUAUCCCAGGAUACCUUUCUCUCCACCAGACCGCUCACAUCAUGACGCUGAAGUGGACGCCCAAUCAGCUGAUGAACGGCUCUGUGGGAGACCUGGACUAUGAGCACAGUGUGUACUGGGACUACGCUAUGACCAUACAACUGGAGGAGAUUGUUUAUUUGCACUGUCAUCAGCAGGUGGACACCGGGGGCACGGUGGUGCUGGUGAGCCAGGACGGCAUCCAGAGACCCCCGCUGCGCUUCCCCAGAGGGGGGCACUUGCUCCAGUUCCUCUCCUGCCUGGAGAACGGCCUUCUGCCACACGGCCAGCUCAACCCUCCGCUCUGGUCCCAGAGGGGAAAGGGGAAAGUGUUCCCUAAACUGAGAAACAGGUGUUCACAGGGAUCCUCGGACUCCGUGUCUGAUAAGGAGGAGGACGAGGCCACGGACUAUGUUUUCCGCAUCCUGUUCCCCAACAGCCAAUCAGAGUUUGUGACUAUAACCCACCCUCCCCGUCUUCCCCCGGGGGUUCCUCUCCUGUCCCGCUCCUUCUCCCUCCACCUGAGAGGACAGCCCCCAACCAAAGGGAACCUGGUGGUCCCUAAGCGCUCCUGCAGUUGUCCCGGAGACCCCCCAUCGCCCACCACAGGGAACAGCUUGGCCCCAGAGCUGAUGGACCAGGAGGCAAACAUCUGGCAGCCCACAACCAGGAAAUCCUCCUGCUCGUCCUGUACCCAGUGCAGCUUCUCAGACGGAGGGCCUCCCAAUGGGUGCAACCAUGAAAGAGCCCCUUUGAAGCAGCUGUGUGACCAAAUGAAGUAUCAGAUCAUCUCCCGGGCUUUCUAUGGCUGGCUGGCUUAUUGUCGUCACCUGUCUACCGUACGUACACACCUCUCGGCCCUGGUCAACCACACUAUUGUGGCGCCCGGCGAUGCCUUAGGGGGCCUCACUGCCGAGGUGUGGCAGAGGUUCCUUCAGGACUGCACCGCCUAUAAGGAGCAGGAGCUGUUGCGCCUGGUCUACUUUGGUGGUGUUGACCCUUCACUGCGUAAGGAGGUGUGGCCCUUCCUCCUGGGCCACUACCAGUUUGGCAUGUCUGAGGAUGACAGGAAAGAGGUGGAUGAGCAGGUGCGGGCGUGCUAUGAGCAGACCAUGAGUGAGUGGCUGGGCUGCGAGGCCAUCGUGCGGCAGCGGGAGAAGGAGCAGCACGCUGCGGCACUGGCUAAAUGCUCAUCCAUCUCAGCCAGUGUGGAUAAUCCAAGCACUGUGCAGAGGAUGAUGCACCGUAACUCCAGUGUCAGCAAUGAGUCCUCCCAGAGCUGCAGCUCAGACAGACAGAGCCUGGCUCGCUUGCAGAGUGACUCUGACAGCAGUACCCAGGUGUUUGAGUCUGUGGAGGAAGUGGAACAGAUCGAGACAGAGCCCAAGAGUGAGGAGGCCAAGCCGGUUCCCAAGAUCCCCAAUGGAGGAGGCCUGCCCAACGUGGCCAGCUCCCCAGACUCGGGGCAUCCCUCCUCUCGCAACUUCUCUGUCACCUCGGGCAUGUCAGACCACUCUCUGAGCACAGAGGACAGCACUGUGCCUGACACCAACCCCAAAACCACCAUCAGUACUCCUCCACAGCUGACCCCAGCCCAACAGAUCCCAGUCAAAGUCCAUCAGGAAGAGUUGGAAGCAGAUUACCCAAAUGUCCAACCCCUGGCCCUGCAGGAUGAGAAGGACCUCCAGGCCAAGGACCGGCCAGAUAAGGAGGAAAACGAGAAGGAAGAGAGUGUGACUGAAGUGGCCCAAGAUACUGAGGACACCAAGACAGAAGAUCCAGAGGUAAAAAUGGGUAAAAAUCCAGAGACAGCGGAGGACAAGGCAGCAGACCCAGCUGAGCUAGAGAGCCUGAAAAUAGAAGAAGAGAAGACUUCCAUGACUCUAUCUAAUGAGAAAGAUGAGGGAAGGACCUCUGAAAAGGAAGACAGCAAGUUACCAAAAGCAGAAGUGUAUGCUGUAAAAGGAACAGUGGAGUCAAAAACAGAUGAGUCCAAAACAAGGGAGGCUAAAGAGCCUGAUGCAGAAGUGAUGAAAAUGUUGGAUGGAGAGCCAACAAUGCAAGUACACACAGAGGAGAUGCAGUCACUGGAACCUGGGGAGUCAGGAGAAACAAAGGAGAACAAAGGACCAGAACCAGAGUCUGUAGAUCCAGAAGAGAAUAAGACAUCCCAAACAUACAAUAGAGAACCAAAAGGGGAGAAUACAUCGAUAUCAACGGGGACUGCAGAAGCAACGGAAGACACAGCAUCAGAACUGGAUGAUGAAAGAACUUCAGACACAGGGGCUGGAGAAACAAAGAGUGCUGAAACAACAGAGGUAAAGGAAGCCAACGCAACAAAUGUAGAAAAGACAGAAACUGAGAAGGGAGUAGAAGCCAAUCAGACUUUGAAAUCUGAAGAGGUAGUCGAAACAAAGGUGUAUAAGACAGUGUCACCAGAAGAGGUUGCAGAGGCAAAAGUGGAGGAGAUAAAAAAAUCUGAGGAAGUGGGAGAAAUAGAGGAGGAGGAGACCAUACUAUCUGAGGCCAAGCUGCCAGUGUCAGAGAAGAAUAAAAGCCCUGUUGCAGAGACCAGGGUGGCAAGAGCAAUGGAUAGCACCACCAGGCUCGAAGAGGCUCUGGCCACCACAGAAUUAGACGAGUCUCCUUCGGCCAUUGAGAUGGAGGAGAUUUCCUCAGCUAAAUUCUCCAUGGUCCUACCGUGGGACAGGAAGGGCCUGUGUAAAAGCUCUGGGGUCGGGGCUGCUCUCUCUGAGGGCUCAGUUCACCAUCUGGAGCUCCGUUUGGAGGAAAAGGAGAAGUGCAAGCCCAGCCCUGAGGGCACAGAGUCCAUCAUGUCUGAGGAGCCUGAGAUGGAGAGCCUCUUCCCUAAAUUUGAUUUCCUGACCGCGGGAGGAGAGCUGAAAAUCUCUCCAGUGCCAUCCAUCGGAACCACCUACUCUCAAGAGCUUUUGGACAUGUACACGAUCAACCUGCAUCGCAUUGAGAAGGAUGUCCAGAGGUGUGACAGAAACUACUGGUACUUUACCCCUGCCAACCUGGAGAAACUGCGCAACAUCAUGUGCAGCUAUAUCUGGAAGCACCUGGAGAUUGGCUAUGUGCAGGGCAUGUGUGACCUGCUAGCUCCCCUCCUUGUCAUUCUGGAUGAUGAGGCCAUGGCCUAUAGCUGUUUCACUGAGCUCAUGAAGAGGAUGAAUCAGAACUUCCCCCACGGCGGGGCCAUGGACACUCACUUUGCCAACAUGCGCUCUCUUAUCCAGAUACUGGAUUCGGAGAUCUUUGAGCUCAUGCACCAAAAUGGCGACUACACCCACUUCUACUUCUGCUACCGAUGGUUCCUUCUAGACUUAAAGCGUGAGCUGGUAUAUGACGAUGUGUUUGCGGUAUGGGAGACCAUCUGGGCAGCGAAGGAUGCCUCCUCCAGCCACUUUGUCCUCUUCAUCGCACUGGCACUGGUGGAGGUCUACCGGGACAUCAUUCUGGAGAACAACAUGGACUUCACCGACAUCAUUAAGUUUUUCAACGAAAUGGCUGAGCAUCACAACAUCAAGCAGAUCCUGACUCUGGCCCGGGACCUGGUGUGCAAGGUGCAGACUCUCAUUGAGAACAAGUGAUCUCCAGGAGCCCUCCACUUCUCUUCCUUUAUCCUCUUCCAGUUUCUGCUUAGUCUGUCUCAAGGCAUCCCAGUCUGAACAGCUGCAACAGAACAGAUAGAUCAGGGUUGUGUUUAUUAGGCACCAAACUGAGGAAAUGGGACUGAAACAGGCAGGGACUACUUAGACUUGUCCGAUAAGAAAUUAUCAUUUUCCUUCGCCACAUGUUUUGAAAUGUUUUCCAUUGAGUGCCCUCACAUACUAUUCUCACAUACUCACAUACUAUUCUACACCACAGCCUUCUUCACAGGGUCACCACCAUUGUCCACUACCUUCUCAUCUAUGGUGGCAGGUGACCUAGCGGUUAGAAGUUGACUAGGUGAAAAAUCUGUCGAUGUGCCCUUGAACAAGGCACUUAACCCUAAUUGCUCCUGUAAGUAACUCUGGAUAAGAACGUCUGCUGAAUUACUAAAAUAUCAAAUGUAUGUGAAACCAGCCAGGGUAUACCAUGUAAUGCUAUACCAGUACAUUUCAGGUUUCGUCAUGGAACACCAAGGGAAUGAUGACUUUUAUCUCCAGUUAUACUGUCAGUGAAACAGUUUGGUUGACUUUUUAUUAAACUGUGACAAAUAUUUAGUCAUAGGAUUUGUAUGCGGUAUGCCUUGUAGACCAGACCUACUGUUGAUUGAAGUGGGGUUAGUAUAUACAAACACAGAGCUGGUUUCAUAGACCUAGAUACAAUUAUUUUACUCAAGAACUGAAUAGCAGUUAAACAUAAAUAUAGACAAUAGAUAGUCCCAGAAUAUUUUAAGAUGUGAAAGUUACCAAGUGCCAUUCAGUACAGGAGUAGGCUUAACCUGGUCCAGUGAAAUGUCCAAAUGUUGGAGUUAAAAGUCAUUAACAGGCUCCGUCUGGAGCAGUAGUUUACCUGAGUAAAUUCGGUUACAGAUAGGGUACCUACCUACCUGAUGUGCCAAAGGCCAGUGCAAGGAGCAAAUUAGAUCAGCUUAAAUGUUAUACUGUGUUGAAUAAGUAGACUACCUUGCAAGUAACCCUGUCCCAAGUAAGUUGUUACUGAAUGUAGUUUGGUAGGUACUGUAGGUGUUACCUUACAAUCUAUUUUGGAAUUCCUUAAAACCAAAAUUAAGUAAGAUAAUUAAUUGGUUCGCUUAAAGCGGCAAUCAGCAGUUGAAACAAUAAUAAAGCGUACCCACUCCCCCCCACCAAACCCGUUUCACUAAAAGGCUGAGGGAUGGGGCUGGAGAAAUGUAAUCACUCUCAAAUUGAUAGACAGAUCUAUGGAUGGAAGUACUGACCAUCCAUGAUAUCAACUUUCUAGUUUUAACCAUGUUUUGAGGCCAUAUAGUGUUUGUUUAUAUUUACAUUGUUCACAAACAUUGGAGUAAAACAAUCUUAUAUUUUGGGUUCUGAUGGGCUAUGACAGUUAAACUAAGCUCAUGAGGCUUUUAUAAGUUAUAUUUUUCAAAAAUAAAUGGGUGCAUAUCAUUAAUUUAUAAGUUUAAAAAAAUUGAUGUAGCAACCUCAGAUUGCCCCUAUGAAGGGUAGAAUGGUUCAUCUUUACAUAAAGACACGAAAAGCCAAGACAUGUUUUCUUUGCUCUGUGGUUUAAUUAGUUGUGAAAUAGGAAAUCAUUUUAUGGAUUUCUUAAUUCAGGAAAUAAGAACAUCAGUUUUUUCUCUUCCUUUCAUCUCAGACUAAAUCACCUGUUUCUAUGUCAUCUGUAUUUGCUAAACUCCCAUUGUAGUCAGGUCCUAACAGAGACAUCCCACAGUUCUGCAUACCCUGUAAAUCUGUGUGUAUGGUCAUGACGUGUGGCACUGCACACUGUUGGGAGUCAUUAAUCUGUUGAAACCAUGUCGGCAAUUUAGUAAUGGGCAGUGUUUUGAUUAUUUCCCAUAUUCUGCCUUGUUUGUCUAUUCUAUAUUAUGUCUGUAUACCGUUGUGUGUGAAUUGUACUGUAAGGAGAACUAAACAAAAGAGGCAAAUCUAAUCCUAGUCAAAACUUAUAUUUAUGACUAAGAAAAACUUGUGUGAUUUUACAUGUGACUUAUAGUUGUCUGGGCAGAAAUGGAUACAAAAAUCAACAAAAAGCUAUUUAACUGUGCUCUGAUUUCUUAUUCCAUUAUUUAUAGAUUCCAGUCAAGCACUGUGUGUUAUGUACAUUGUGUGGCUUUCUCAGUACCUUGUAUAGUCUUAUGGCAUUUUAUGUUCCUCUGUUUUUUUAAUCAAAUUAAUGUUUUUUUGUUGUUUUGGAUAAGUGCUUGGCCUGGCCACCAAAAAAAAAUGUAUUUGCAGAGAUGAGGAGAACUAAGAAUAGAGUCCAAAGAAUGCCAAAUUCACUCUUGCUUCAAAAGUUGGAAGAUGACGAUGAAUACCAUAUAACAUAGCCCAGCAAUUGUGCUCUGUAACAAUUACCACACAUGGUUGCCAAUUCAACAGUUGGGUGGAUGCUUAGAUCUCUGGCCAGUAGGAUUAAGAUGAUAUCGAUAUGAAUCCAUCUAAAAACAGGUGAAUCUAGGAAACAGAUGAAGUAUUAGGGGUGUAUUACUUUAUCUUGAUGUAGCCUCGCUGUUGAGAUUUAUGCAAGGGAUUGUGUGCUUUCAUUCCCUUAAAUUAAUGCAAAUCGUAAAUUAAUAUAUCUCUUGAAUCCCCAUUCCUGUUUUUCAUUGCCUAGGUAGAACAUCACUUCAGUUUUACUAGUGUUGUUCCAUGAAUGUGUUAACAACUAUUGCCUUGAGUGUUGGUGGUUGUCUGUGAAUGCAAAGUGCUUUAUGUUAGAAUUGUAUUAUCUUGUAACAUGUAUUUACUUGCUAACAUAUUUAUUUAUUCAUUAAGUUUCAUUAAGUUUUUGCUUUUGUAUGUAAAGCUAAUAUACUUGAUAUUUUGUGGUCGGUAAUAAAGAAAAUAUAUU